AGGGGCUUUGCCAUCAUCUGGUCAUUUUAAGCGACUUUGAACAGCACCUUCCUUGAGAAGGAGAGGCAGCCUCAACCUCUUGCCUGCAGCCAUACAGGCGGUAGGCAGCUUUUCUCCUCACUCUUCCUGGCAAGAAACAAUCAUCAGAAGACAGAUCUCCUAAAGGAGAGGGAAAUCGUCAGCGCUGGGAUCAGAUAAGAGAGGGAGGAAGCAGCUGAAGACUGAGCUGUGUGGUGCCAGGCUGCCGAGAAGUUCUAUCAGACACAAGACACCGAGGAUUCAUCUCAAGGUUCCUCCAGAAAGUGACAGCAGGAGGCGGAUUUGGUGCAGUCUGAGCACUAAGGCAGGCUGAGGACUGAGCCUAAUCAUUAAAGUUCCUUCUAUCUAGCACCCUAUGAGGAGGAGGAUGCUACCUUCUAACUUCAUUGUGCUUGCGAUCGUCUUUGUAGGACCACUCGCCGGUGCGCAGAAGUUCUCAGCCCUGACGUUUCUAAGAGUGGAUCAAGACAAGGACAAAGAAUGCAAUUUGGAUUGUGCAGGCUCUCCUUCGAAACUUCUGUGUGCCUCCGAUGGCAGAACGUUCCUUUCCAGGUGUGAAUUUCAACGAGCUAAAUGUAAAGAUUCUCAGUUGGAGAUUGCAUACAGAGGAAAUUGUAAAGAUGUUUCCAGAUGUGUUGCAGAGAGGAAAUACACUCAAGAACAAGCCCGCAAAGAAUUUCAGCAAGUGUUUAUCCCGGAGUGCAAUGAUGAUGGCACAUACAGUGAGGUACAGUGUCACAGUUACACAGGAUACUGUUGGUGUGUAUCUCCAAAUGGUCGGCCACUCAGUGGGACUGCAGUUGUACACAAAACUCCUCGGUGUCCAGGAUCACUAACAGAAAAAGUUUCCCAGAGAGAAGGGACAGGAAAAGCAGAUGAUGUGUCUGUUGUGUUAGAAACACAACCUCAAGGAGAUGAAGAAGAUUUUGCAUCUCGCUAUCCUACAUUAUGGACGGAGCAAGUUAAAAGUAGACAAAAUAGAACCCACAGAAAUUCAGGUUGUCCUGGAGCAAAAAAGAAUGAAUUCCUUACAAGUGUAUUGGAUGCAUUAACUACAGAUAUGGUACAUGCGGUUUCUGACUUAACAUCCUCUUCCAGCAGGGUUUCAGAACCGGAUCCAAACCAUACUUUGGAAGAAAGAGUUGUACACUGGUACUUCAAGCAACUUGAUAAAAAUUCAAGUGGGGACAUUGGAAAGAAGGAAAUUAAGCCAUUCAAGAGAUUGUUACGAAAAAAAUCAAAGCCCAAAAAAUGUGUGAAAAAGUUUGUUGAAUACUGUGAUGUGAAUAAUGACAAGUCUUUAUCUGUCCAUGAAUUAAUGGGAUGUCUUGGUGUUACAAAAGAUGAAGGCACAACCCCUAAAAGUAUUGGAGAGAAUCCCUCAUCUUAUAAACAGAUCUCCAGAAAACAAGGAUGAAUAAGCUUUAAGACCGUCAACAAUCGUAUUUGAGAAGCUGAUGCUCAAUGCCAUGUAGGCAGUGAUACAGAAAUAGUAUUUGCACUUUGUACUUUAAAUGUAAAAUCACUUUGUAGAAUUGUGAUAUUUAAGCAGACUUUUGAAUCUGUGAAACAUAAUGAACUUGUGGAAAUUUACACAUACAAUGUAUGUGCCUGGCACUCUAGCUAUAAUAGAUGUUAAACGGUUUGCAUUUUCUCUUUAUUCUUUUCCUCAUUUUGAAUGUAGGUAGAUGCUUUGUAGGUGAAUGUUCAUGUAUCAUGACUCAUUUUUUUUUUAGCACAUCAUAUCCUUUAGCUGUUUUUUGUUAUGUGCGGUGUUCACUAUCCUUGAAUGAUGUUUUUAAUAGUUGUGUCUUUUAAAUAUGUUUUAUUUAGCAUAUUUUUUUAAUUGUGCUGAUCAAAACAAUGUAUUUGUUUUUCUUUUGAUGAUUUGACAGUUUUCAACCACAAAGUUACUGAGCUUAGGACUCUUAGGGCCCGUUUACAUGGUGGAAUUAUCUGUCAGAAUUUUUGGCAUGGACACCACACCAACAUUCCGGCGGUGGUCGUGUGGUUUCUGCCUCCAAUUGGGUCUCCUCUCGCUUAUUAGCUCCAUUCGAUGGCGCUAAGCCACAAGCCCUGCAACUUCCAAAGUGUGCUUACACAGUUUUUUGCCACUGUAUAUGUGGCAGAUUUUGCCAGUGUCACAAUCUGAAAUGUGAACAGGCCUUUAUUCUUUUUACAUUUCAUGCAUUAUCUGAUUUGUUUAUAGAAAUAGUAACACAAAGAGAAGCUUUCCAAUAAUUGACUAAUUCAUCCACGCCUCUAGGCACACAGUCUUUGUCAUACAUUAAAGAUUAAAGAUUUGUUUUGUGUUGUGAGACUAAUAAGCCUAAAAGAAGACUGUCAAAACAAAAUCUUUUCAUUACACCUGGCUCAGAUUUCAUGUACCCAUUCAUUCCUUCUCCUCCCAGUGCCUGGGGGUCAGCAUAUAGCAAAUGCUAUCACCUGAACAAAUUAUAAACAUUUGCCUUCAGGAGGAGCAAAGUGUGUAAGUAUUGCCUUGAGCAUUCUCCUUACCAUCUGGGAGAUGUUUGAACAGGCAUUAAUGCAUUCCCCUUAAUUCUCUUUGAGGUGCCUUGAGGAACAAAUUAUUUGCAGAUGUGAACUUUAUAGCUCCAGUGCAUAAAACACUUUUCAAGAAUUUGGACUUUAAUAAAUUAUAUUCAUCUGUUGCACCCUCCACCUCAGAGCACACAGUUCAUAGACACAGAAAAACUGCAACAUUUUUUUAUUUCAUUUUACUAUGGAAAAAACACAGAAACUGACUCACAUAUGGUUUUCAACAGCCAAUAAAUAGCAGGGCAGGCUUUUUUCAUAUAUUCAUUACACACACUCUAGACACAGUCUUGUUUUUUUACAGUGUUUUUAGCUUUAUAACUAUGCAACUUAGUAGCAGAUUACAAAUGCUAUACUUUAUAUAGGCACGGCACAGUGAAUGUUAUGAAGAUAUGUGCUAUUAUGGUUUGUUCUAGAUAUAUCUAUGAUUACCCAGACUCAUGUAGUAUGAAUACUAUAUGGCUGCAUUGAAGCAUGGUUAGAUCACAGAUAGACAAGUACAUACAGAACCCAUUUAAAUGCAUUUACAAAUCCAGUAUUAUCAUAUUGUUAAUGAAGUGCUUCCUUUUAUACUUUUUUUUUAAUAUGAAAUGAAAGGACAGAGGACAUGAGUACUUGACUAGUACUGACACUCUGAAGUGUUUCCAUGGGCUUUCAGAUCUGUGCCUCUGCAUCAGACAUGGUCUCAUCUUUUGCUGUAUUUUGCAGAUCACAGACCCAUUCAGGUUAAAGGGUUCGCAUCCACAGCACGGAGCACACAGUUGGUGCCCGUGCUGCAGACCGCAAAUAGAGGUCGGCAAUGCGCGGGCACCAGCUGUGUGCACUCUGUGCUGUGGAUGCGGACCCUUUGACUUGAAUGGGUCAGUGAUCCGCAAGAUACAGAGCCCUUACAUUUGUGUGUGUAAACCGCAUUACACUCACGUCACAUGUAAUAUUAAAGGGAUUUUCUGGGAUAUUAAUAUUGAUGACCUAUUUUCAGGAUAGAUCAUCAGUAUCAGAUCGGCACCCCCCCAUCAGCUUGUUGAAGUGAAGGCCACACUACGUGCGAGCGCAGCCUUCCCUUCAUUGUUUAUCUGCUCACCGUUGACAUCACAGUGGUGAGCAGGUGUAACUACAAGCCUUCCCAUUCUCCUCAACCAGCUGGGGUGUUGGAUCCCUGCCGAUCUGAUAUUGAUGUCCUGUCCUAAGGAUAGGUCAUCAAUAUUAAAAUCCUGGAAAACCCCUUUAAGGUGCAGUGCACCACUUAAUAAAUUUGGUGCAGGCAACCUAAGCAAAGCCAGACUUAAAACUGACACAAAAACAACCUUAAAUGAAAAAUGACCACCUAUAUGCUUAAUAAACUGUUGUGCAUAUCUGUACAACAAAGUAAAUUAAUGCACUCGCGUAUGCCUUAAUUUCAGUAUACCGUAUUACAUUCCGGCACAUGAGUUGCUCCACUCUUUCUUUAUUUUAUGCAUGAUCCAUUUCAAAUUUGCACCAUCGGUCAAUUUUUCUGUGCAUGCUGUUCAUUCACACGACCAAUUUUUAGGGUUCACUUCAACGGGGCCACAAUACAUGGGGACAGCACUCCUUGUGCUGUCUGCAUCCACCACUCCUUUCUGUGGCCCAUCAAAAAAUUAAAUAAAUAGAACAUUUUUGUCCAUUUUGCAAACAAGAAUAUGUAUUUCUGUAAAUUACAGAAUUCACACAGCCGGCAUCUGACUGCAAAACACUGCACGGUGCAUGUAGCCUAAGGCGGAGUUUACACAUCAGUUAUUUGGUCAGUUCUUUCCAGUAAGGGCUUGUUCACAUAACUGUUGCCCCUCUGUGCCCGUGCUGUGGAGUGCAAAUUGCUGUCCGCAAUACACAGGCACCGGCCGUUGGGCUGCUGCAUGCCGAUCGUGACCCCAUUCACUUGAAUGGGGUCCGCGAUACGUCCGUUCUGCAAAAAGAUAGAGCAAGUUAUAUCUUUUUGUGGUGCGGAGGCACGGAACAGAGCCCACGGAAGCACUCCGUAGUGGUUCCGUAGGGUUCCGUUCCGUUUCACAUCUCUGGAUUUGCAGAACCAUUCAAGUGAAUGGGUCCGCAUCCGUGUUACAGAAUGCACACGGCUGAUGCUGUGUGAAUGAGUCCUUAUUGGUAGCCAAAACUAGUAGUGAAGCCUGCUCAGAGAUAACAUAUAAUAGGAAAAUUUCCUUCAGUUCUGUGUUUUUGACCCACACCUGGUUUUGGCUCACAAUAAGGGCUCAUGCACACGACUGUCGAAUGUUUUGCGACCCGCAAAUUACAGAUACACAAAACAUCGUUACCGGACGUGUGCAUUCUGCAUUUGCAGAACGAAAUGGACCGGACCCUGAUAGAAUAGUCAUAUCCUUGUCCGUAAUGUAAACAAUAAGGACAUAAGGACACAGAAUGCACACAAAGUCAUUUCUGGUGUUUUUGCUGCAAAAAAAAAUUGAAUGGACAUGGAAAAAUAAUAUGUUCAUGUG